AUGCCCGACUCUCCGGCGUUCUCAAACGCCGGCAAGUGCAGAGGACGCGAAGAGGAGUGGGCCGUCUGCGAUGACCUCCCAAGUUGUGCUGCAUCCUGCACGCCCCAGGACUGCAUCUUCGGGGCGUGGAUGGAUUGGUUUCCGCUGGGUGGAUGCACAGGCUUGUGCCAGCGGAAGCGUAUGAAGGCGCAGACCAACAACGAGUGUGGGCAGCCAUGCAGCGGAUCACUUCUGCAAACAAUUAGCAGGAGAGAGUGCUAUCCCAACUACGAUGAGUGUGUGCUGGAGAAUCGCGACUGCCAAUGGACCGCCUGGAGUUCCUGGUCAAGCUCCUGCUUCAGCGUGCAUGGCGCAUCGUUGCGCCAAAACCAGCGCCAUCGAACUCGUCAUGUCCAACUGCAAGCUCUUCACAACGGAGAGCAAUGUGCUGGGCCCUACAAUCAGACGGAGCCCUGUGUGGCGGAGAGCUUCGAAGCCCAAGACUGUCUUUUGACGCAGUGGCAAGAAUGGACGCAGUGCAGCCGGAGCUGCGAUGGGGGCUGGCAGGCACGCUUGCGCCGGGUACGGCAGUUCGCAGCCAAUGGCGGUGCCACAUGCGACAUGCAGACCCUCCGCGAGCAGCAGCAGUGCAACCUCGAGCCCUGCGGCAGUCAAAGCUGCGUCCUAAGUGAAUGGGGAGCCUGGCAAGGUUGUGACAUUUUGUCCCCAGCACAGGAGUAUCGAAGUCGUGUCCUUCUUCAGCCAGCCUCGCGGUCGGUGCCCUGCAACCAGAUCCUGCGGGAGACUCGUGGCUGCCCGAUGAACGAUCAGGAGCCGCAGGAAUGCAUUCUGGCAGGUUGGUCGGAAUGGUCGCAAUGCAGUGCUAGCUGUGCUGGUCAAUCCCAAAGGACGCGUCAGCUGCCCUCUGACCAGACGAGUUGCUUUAUGGCAGUUCCAGAAGGCCAGACAGUUCAUGAAGUGCGCGCCUGUGGAGUCCAACAGUGUGAGCAGGAAACCUGCACACUCUCCUCCUGGACCACUUGGUCGCAGUGUAGCCAGCCGUGUGGUGAUGGGAUCCAUUCUCGAAGCCGCGAGGUCGUCUCGACGUCCUACCACUCGGUCUGCAGUGAAGCGCUAGAGGAGGUGAGGCCUUGCCACAUCCGAGAGUGCAUUGCGGUGGACUGCGUUUGGGCCGACUGGGAUCAUUGGAGUGCUUGCAGCUGUACCUGCGGGGGCGGUACGAAACGACGGAAUCGAGUCAUUCAGCAAUCGCCUCGACAUGGGGGGAAGCUCUGCGAGCCCAAGGACAAGGGUGAGAUCGCGCCGUGCGCAACGCAAACCUGCGACAUUUGCGUGGACGGCAGGUGCCAGCACAACUAUGGCAUCAAGUGGGUCCGCACGUACGUCCUCCCGCAAGAGCAGGAGCUGUACUACCAGCAGUUCAACAACGGCGCAUUUCGCACGGCCGAGGCACUGAGGGAGCAGGUCAUCGAUGCAGCGGUCGACGAGGUUCUGGGCCUUUUCCGGCAGCCCCUCGCAGAGGUGGCAGCCUCGCGUGCAAAUGCCGCGCUGACGGCACUGCACGCCCUUCGCUACGGCCUCUGUGCAGCCGAAUUUCAGGACUGUUACGCGCCUGAUGUGGUACCGGCAGACUAUGUACUGAGCUUUUGUUCCGUCGCCGAUGUGGCGCUUGCGGAAAUGCAAGUGGAAGAGCGGGGUGGCCACGAGUCGCUUUGCACGGCCAUGCUGGUUCCGGAGGCUCUGGAACGGAUCGUCGAUGCGGUGCGGGCUGCGGUGUUCCUGCCUUUGCCUGCUGCCGCACAUUCGACGGUACUGUCACCCGUGUUUCUUCCACGCGAGCUGUCUCCAUCGCAGAUUUGCGAUCCACAAACGCUCUCGCUGGGCGCGCUGACGAAUGCAGAGCUCCAAGGUCCGGCAAACAUCGAUUUUCGAGGAUUGAGGGUGCCGCAGCUCUCCAUGGAAUCCAUCCUGAAGCGUAUCAGGUGGAGAAGCAACCAAGAGCUAUCACGCUGGGUUGUCAAUCUCGGUGCAUAUGAUGGGAAAUGUGGUCGUGGUACUGAGUGCUACGAUCCGGCGAACUGCCUGGUCGAAGAGCAGCACUUCCAUGGCCUGCUUCUUGAGGGCAAUGCUUCGAUGGCAGAAGUUAUGCAUGCCAGGCUUCAUGAUGAACACUUGCUGAACGAUGUUCGAGUCCGGGCGAUAGCAGUCACCCCGCUCACCGUGGCAGACGUCGUGUUGAGGAAUCUUCCGGUGCGAGAGGUAGACCUCCUCAAGAUCGAUGUCGACAGCAUGCCUCACGACGAGCUUCUUCGCAGGCUCUUGGAGUCAGGGCUGAGGCCCAAGGUCUUGCACACAGAAAUCGCCCCAAUGUUUCCUCCGCCUGUCUCCUAUUGGCGCGAGUACGAUGAGAAGGAUCCGCUCGUGUACACCCCGCGACCAGAACUCGUCGGCCUGAAUCCAUCGCUUGCCAGACUAGACUCGGUGCUUGCGCCUUUCGGGUAUGAGUUGCUGCAGGUAGAGCUCUAUGACGCUGUCUGGGUGCGGGCAGAAUACUUACCUGCCUUCGGCCAUGUAGGUCGCUACGACUACCGAGCAUGGGCCGCGCCUGAGCUUCCCUGGGAGACGCGCCUGCACUGGAUGCGCGAUCUGCUGCAACGGGCGCAGGGCUCCGGGCGCUGGCAUCUGGAAUUGGAUGAAAAGGGCGCUGCAAGAGUGGAGCGAGUGGGGGUCCUGGUCUGCCUGCUCUGCAACCUGCGCAUCCUCCUACAAGGUGCUGUGCUUGCAGUGCUUGCCGGUAAUGCUCGCCAUCGCAGCGUGGAUCGCCACCCCAACUUCUGCGGCAAACCAGCCCUCGGCCUUGAAGACCAGUACGAGGUCUGUACAGGACAGCCAAACUGCAUCCCAGACAGGGACUGUGUGAUCUCUGAGUGGAAUGCGUGGACGGGAUGCAGUUGUAAAUGCUUCGGCGUGCGAGAGCGCCAUCGCCGGGUGCAGCAGUACGCUUCUGGAAACGGCCGUCCGUGCUCCGAGACAUCGCUGAAGGCUGUGGAGCCAUGUGCUCCGGGCCCCGAGGAGGCGGUGCCAGCGGACUGCCGGCCCGACCCAGCCAGGAGAUGCCAGAUUGGAGACUGGGAGGAAUGGCAGAUUUGCUCACACAGCUGUGGGUCGGGCGAGCGAAAGCGAUCGCGGUCCAUCUUGAUUCCGGCAGCCGACAAUGGGCCACCGUGUGACGAUGAAACGGAGGAGGUGGAGCCCUGCAACACGCAGGCUUGCCAUAUGACUUGCAUUGACUGCCUUUGGAGCGAGUGGUCCAUGUGGAGCGACUGUUCGCACUGCGGGCACCAAAGGUAUCGACACCGUGGGGUCAUCAGGCAAGCGAACCAUUGCGGUCGGAAGUGUGAUGCCAAGGCUGCAAAAGAAGUGGGCUACUGCAAAAGUGCCUGCUUGGAGCAUUAUUGUACCUGGAGCACUUGGCAGGAAAUGGGAGGCUGUUCUGCGCAGUGCGGGCCGUCGACAAGGCUUCUGCAACGUCAUCUGGUCCUCACCACGACAGAACCCCAGUUCCAGGUUGAGCGCAUCGGUGAUCGUGGAGGGCUGUGCCGCGAUGCCCGAGGCGAGAGCUACAGCGGGUGCCCGGUUCAGGCGAUUUCUGAGGACGAGUGCCGAAAUGUGCUCCACACUUUGCAAGACGUGGAUGGAGUCCAGGGUGCCAUGUUCGACGAGAGCCGCGUCGUCAAGUUCGGAGCUCGCCGUUGCUUCGUCCUCGUGGAUCCGAACACCGAGAUCUGGAAGCAGGAUGUGCCAGGCGGAUGGCUGGACACUCCCUGCAUCGCGGGCACAGGGCGAGGACCGAUUACCAGCGCCGGCUCAGAUGGAGCCGACAAGUGGAUGUGCCUUGCUUUGGAAAACCGGCCGCUGGCACAAGGCGACGAGUCCAUGCCCUGCUCCGGUGAGCAGUUCUACCAGUCGACAUGCGACAGCAGUACAAAGUGCCGAGUGGAGUGCUCACCUGUGGACUGCGUUCUGACGGAGUGGAGUGCGUGGUCAGAGCCAACCUGCACAGAGCUUUGCGAGCGCACCCGGACUGUGGCAAGAUCCAACGAGUGUGGAGGAACGCCUUGCGCCGGACUUCUUGUCGAGACGAAGAGGUGUUGGAAGAACUGCACGGAGCCGGUCGACUGCCUCAUGGGUGACUGGGGCCUUUGGGAGCCUUCGGAGUGUCUGGCCUCCUCUGACCAGAGACAAAGGGAGCGUGCGGUCGUCAGAGCAGCCACAAACGGAGGGGAACCAUGUACGAGCAUGAUUCGCGAGACGAUGGGGUGCUCGGAGGUGGGAGAUGCGGUGGCUGACUGUGAGCUCUCGGCUUACGGGGAAUGGUCUGUUUGCACCACAUCCUGUGGAAGCGGACUUCGCACAAGGUCUCGGAGCAUCCAGGUCCAGGCCAGCGGAGGUGGCCAGCCUUGCCAGGGCCCACUUGCACUGCUGGAGCCCUGCAACCUGGGCCCCUGCCCUUGCGAAGUGACGGACGCAGCCUUUUCUCAAUGGGAAGAGUGGAGCAGUUGCAACGGCGGCAUGCACAUCAGGAAGCGGAAGGUGCAGCAGCCAGCUUCCUGUGGUGGAGAUCCUGCUCUAGGCUCGUUGACUGAGAUCCGAAACUGCGGUGGCACGAUUGAUUGCGAGGUGUCUCCCUGGGCUUCCUGGGACGAGUGUGACAAGAGCUGCGGAGGUGGCCAGCAGGAGCGGAACCGCCAGGUGACCCAGAACCCUCAAAACGGUGGAAAGCCGUGCCUCAAAGACCUGGUGGAGACGCAGGGCUGCAACGAAUCUCCCUGUCAAACUACAAGCUGCGAAGUUUCAGACUGGUCCGCCUGGGGCGAGUGCAGCAACAGUUGCGGCAGCGGCGUCCAUGAACGGAGCCGCACUUUCACCCAUUUGGCACAGGAGGGCGGCUCUGGCUGCGACAUGCCGAUGGCAGAAAUAAAGCCCUGCAGCGACCAGUUUGGAACCCUCGAGGCGCGUCGUUUGGAACUGUGUCCAAUGUCCGACUGCGGCUGUGUCUGGCGUGACUGGUCGGAGUGGAGUGCUUGCACUUGCGAGUGUGGCGGAGGUCAGAAGACCCGAAAUCGGCACAUCGCGCGCGCCCCGCAGCCGGGCUGCACGCCGUGCGAGCCCUUCGACAAGCAGCAAAUCGAGCCCUGCAACACCCAGAAGUGCGAGGAAGACGAGUGCGUGGAUGCCCUAUGGUCUCCCUGGCAGGACUGGGAGCCAUGCUCCAUCUCAUGCAGAGGUGGGAUCACGUGGCGCUCGCGUAAGAUCGUCCGAAACGCCAACGACUGCGGCCGGCCCGUGGCCGGCGCCUCUCAGCAGCAUGCCAGCUGCAACGAAGGUGUGCCCUGCAAGCCCAGUGUGGACUGUGAGUUUGCUGAAUGGUUGGCUUGGAGUGCCUGCACGCAGGAGUGCGAUGGUGUCAAGCGGAGGUCUCGCCAGAUCGCUGUACAAGGAGCAGGAGAUGGAGCAUACUGCCUCGGCGCGACGCACCAGACUUAUCCCUGCUCCACAGACAAGGGGCUUCUGGAGUUCAAUAGCCCUGCUCUGUACUUGCAUCUGGACAACCUUGAGUACAAGAACGUCCAGCCGGGCCAGGCAGAGCUGAAAUUCACGGGCGUCACCAAGAUGCCAGGCGACGGAGACUCUGUGAAUCUGGUUGUCACAGCACUGAGCCGGUCCGAGCAGUUGAGUGAUGAAUCGACGGGCUUGUAUGGGCAUUCUGGCCGCAUUGGUUUUGAAGCAGGCUCCGAAAUUGAGGUGACGUUCAUCGUGAUGAGGCAGCAAGACCAGCGAGAGGUCCAAGCCAAGAUGCUGCUGAUCAAAUUCUUUGACGUCGCAGAUGGCGCCAUAUUGGAGGCUCCGGAAGGCAACGAAGCCUUCUUGAGCUACGAAUCUGUGCUGAAAUCGGACACAAGUGUGGAUGGCACGCUGGUGGUCACAUCCCAGAUGCCGGGAGUGAAGCCACCAAAGGACCCGAUGAGUGCAAGCCCUCAACAAGAGAUGCAUGCAGCCGCAAUUCUGUGGAAGGGCACCAGCCGUGCCACCAUCAAAUUCAAGACACAACCCGGCUUCAGCAAGAGUCUCGUCUUUGCAGCCAAAGCUUGCUGGAGGGGCGAUUGCUUGGUAAGCGCUUGCGGACGUGGCGAGGAUGCGGUCGAUUGCGUCAUGGAACCUUGGCAGUCAUGGGCACCUUGCUCCGUCAGUUGUGGCCGCGGGCAGCGAGUGCGGACGCGGAAAGUGAGGACCAUGAAUUCUCACGGCGGACGCCCUUGUCACGUUGACUUGUCUGCAACAGAAGGCUGCGAGUUGAACUCCUGCGCGGAGGCAUGCCAGCCGCAAGACUGCAAAUGGUCGGAGUGGUCUGAUUGGGGCGCUUGCGACAAGUGUGGAGGGCAGAUGAAGCGAUUCCGGAAUGUCAUCAGACCGUCCCAGUGUGGUGGCAGUGGCUGCACGGCAGAGGGGGCAGAGGAAACGGCUAGCUGCCCGAGGAAGUGUCACGAACUGAGCUAUUGUACUUGGGGCGACUGGAGGCCCUACGGCGAGUGCACCGCGACCUGUGGUAACGGCAUCAAAAAGCGCACCCGAAUGCUGAAGAUCGUAGAUGAGCCGGUGAAGUCAAUCAUUGGCGAGAACAUCCUGGGUGCGGACGACCUUGAACGCAAGCUGGUAGAACUCACCGAGCGCGCAGGGCAGCUACAGGCGUCACGUUCGCGACAGCUGGCUGCAUGCUUUACAGCUGGUUUCUUGGGGCUUCUCGCUUGCGUUUCCUUCGGCCGCCGCAGCACUUUCUUCGCUGGGCACGACGGGCCCCGCUACCAUCUGGCAGCCGAGACUGAGUCUGAUUGA